AUGGCAGACGACGAUGCUGUAGUUUUGAGGUUUGGAGACAGUUUUCUGCGGAAAUCCGACAUUGAGUUACUGAUUCCUCCAAAUAAAUUCAAUGACAGACUAAUUGGCUUUUGUUUUGAAUAUUUUGUGAGAGAACAGUUCAACCAUUCUGCAGACAGAAUAGCACUCAUCAACCCCUCCGUGGCACAGUUCGUGAUAUUUGCUUCAGUUGAAGAACGUAUGGUCUUGUUGGAACCCUUGCAUCUUCCCAUUAAACAGUACAUCUUUGUUCCUGUUAGCAAUGCCUAUGAGAAUGAACCAACUGGCAAGACUCAGUGGAGCCUACUAGUGUACAUGAGGAGUAAACAAGAGUUUCACCAUUACGAUGUACAACGAGGCAGCAACCAGUCGGUGGCCAAAAAAUUAGUGGACAAACUGCAGCCCUUUGUGCAAGCACCCAGAAGUAAAUUAAAAUUUGUUGAAAUGGACAUUCCUCAGCAAGACAUCACAAAUGACUCUGGAUUAUACGUCAUUGCAAUGGUUGAACACCUCAUCAAGGAGUUCUGCGAGUGCUUCAGCAUUGCAGUGCACGAGGUCCUAAACCAGGAGAUUGUUCAGCGCAAACGAAAGCUAAUCGAAGAUCUGAUCCAAGAACUGUCUACCACAGAAAUCAACGCAGACCACCACCUGAGCACGUGA